UAUCAGUUCGAAAAUAUUUAAUUAAUUAAUUAAAAAUGCGAAAUGCCGAAGACGAUAAUAAAACUUACGCAACGUCUAUUAGUUCUGCAUCGACAGUGUCCGAGGAGAAAACGUCGAUAAGCGAAGAUUUAGAUCACAUUUUACCCACGAGUUUGGCAGUGGAAGAACUGAAAUUGGCCUUGAACAAAGAAGCUACAGAGGAGGAACUGACUAAAGCGAUCAACAGGUGCAAGGAAUUGAUACUUGAAAACGAGCAAUGCUCUACUGAACGAAAGUGGCUUGUAAGACACUUGAUUGAACUUCGUUUACGCCUUCAAGAGUGCAAAGAAGCUAUGAAUGACCCACAGCACCCUAGAAAUAAACAGAGUGGUGUAUCAAACAGAACAAUUAAAGGACAUCAUUUAAAAUUACAACCGCUACUAAGGAGCACAACUUACAGAUAUUGUGACCAUUGUACAGGAAAUAUUUGGAGUGUAGUUCAAGCAUGGUACGAAUGUGAAGACUGUGGAUAUGUCUGUCAUUACAAAUGUCUCUCUGUGAUAGUGAGGGAAUGUGCUCACGUGAUUGCUUGUGAAAGGGGGCAAUAUGAGCUGAAUAUUUGUCCGGAGCAAGGGAUGUCAGCACAGAAAUAUCUCUGCGCUGAAUGCAGAGUGCCUUUAGUAUUAAACAGAGUGUGGUCGGAAAUAAGAAAGUGCGACUACACGGGUCUUUACUACUGCUCGGCCUGUCACUGGUGCAGUUCAGCCAUAAUACCAGCCAGAGUGAUACACAAUUGGGACCUAUCACCACAACUAGUCUCCCAAGCCAGUUUACAAAUCCUUAAAGUCACAUCGAACAGACCAUUGAUCAAUUUAGAAAAACUAAACCCAAAAUUAUUUUCCUACGUUCAAGAACUGAAUUUAGUAAGGCGAUUGAGACAAGAACUACAAGGCUUACAAAAAUAUUUAGUUGUAUGCAGGAAAGCACAAGAGGAACAUUUGUUGUGGAAGUGUGACAGGCCUUACCUCAUUGACAACAUUGACAUGUACAGUUUGCAGGACCUGAUGGACACGCAGUCGGGUGAUUUGCUGUCAAAAUUGAAUAAUUUAGUUGAUUUGUUCUCGGCACACGUGAGGAACGACUGUGAGAUAUGUAAAGGCAGGGGGCAUAUUUGUGAGAUAUGUAACAAUGACGAAAUUAUUUAUCCUUUCGUGUCCACUGUGUAUGUCUGUGAUAAGUGUGGGGGAGUGUACCAUAAACAGUGUAUGGCGAGGAAGGAUGACGUGUGUCCUAAGUGUAGUAGGAUUAAAGAAAGGAUUGAGAGAGAAAAAGAACAAGAAAUUAAUAAUAAUUAAAUGAUUUGCCAAAAUAUUUUUAGUAUUUUAUGUCUCUGUCCUUUUAUUUUUUGUUUCUUUAUUAAGUUUUGUAUUAUAAUCCUAUAUCUCAUCAAAAUUAAAUUAUCCAGGGUGGACCGAAUAGUAUUUCGGAAACUUCGGCAGCAUAUUUUGCAGAUAAAAAU